GUGGGAAAGUGUUAUCAUAAGCUGCUCCGGCGACGUGUUGGGGGCGUUUUGGAGGAGGCACUGCAUGAGUUCCACCUCGGAGCCCGCAAGAAUGCCCCGGUGCUCUUCCCGGCAUUGUACAUCCAUGGCUUCCUCCGCAGGGCGAGGCAGAAGAAGCACUCGGCUGCCAUCCUCUUCUUGGACAUGCAGUCGGCCUACUACAGGGUGAUAAGGGAGCUGGCCGUGGGACAUGUGUCCAGUGAUGAUGCUGUGAUUCAUGUAUUUCGAUUUUUCGACAUUGGCCCGGAUGAGAUGCAGGAGUUUGCGACGAUGAUCCAGCAAGGGGGCAUGAUGCAGGACUGUGGAAUGCCUGCAGCUGCCCGACACCUUGCCAAAGAUCUCUUGCAUCGGUCAUGGUUUGUCACCAGACAUGGAAGUGAUGCACAAAUCAACAGCACCCAUGCUGGAUCACGCCCUGGCGAAUCAUGGGCUGAUGUGGUCUUUUCGUUCGUGCUCAGCAAGAUCCUGACGCAGAUCAUGGAGCAUGCCACGGCUGAGAACCUGCUCACGGAGUUGUCAGUCGAUGUGGAAGGGGGCAUCUACACGACAGCACCGGACAUGGAGAAAGUCCAGGCACAGGACUGUACCUGGGCUGAUGACUGUGCCUUCCCGUUGUCAGACUCCGGCCCGAACCGACUGGUAUGCAAGACAAGCAGACUGGGGUCUAUUGUUCUUGACUACUGCCAGCGGCAUGGUAUGACGCCGAACCUGAAGCCGAAGAAGACAGCCUUCAUUCUGGCGAUCCGUGGACAGGGUUCCCAGAAGACCAAACGGCGAUGGUUCCAAAGGGGAGAAAGACACCUACACCUGGCCGACUUGGAUUUGCGAGUCAAUGUCAUGAGCCAGUACGUUCACCUGGGUGGGCUGGUGGACACGGACAUGCGACUUUGUGGCGAAGCAAGACGGAGGUUGGGUAUGGCACAGGCGGCUUUUGAUGCGGGCAAGAGCCUUCUCUUCACCAACAUGUCUAUCCCCCUGCAUGUUCGGGCUUCCCUGUUCUGCUCCUCUGUUGUCUCCACCUUCUUCAACCUGGCCUUGUGGACAGAGGGUACAGAGGCGUGGCACAAGAUGGAGACUGGCUUUUCCAGGCUUCUGCGGGGACUGCUGUCAAAAACCUACAAAGGAGAUCUGCUCUACAAGGUGGCCCCUCCAGCGGUACACAUCCUCACCGGUGUGCUGCCUCUGACCUACAUUGCUCGGAAAGUCGGCCGCAAGGGGCUCUGGGCGGUCUUGCAGGAAGAGCAGACGUGGCUGCAGCAAGUCCAACGGGACUUGGCAUGGCUGGUGGGUGACAGCGAGGACUGGCCUGGACUGCGAGAACAGAGCUGGCCGGAGUGGCACAACCUCCUCGGUGGUUCUAUGCCAUGGGUCAAGCGACGAGUGCGAAGCAGAAUGGACCAGGAGAUGAAGCGAUUUCGCUCCUCUUAUGUGGUCCUCAUCUGUCUUUGGGCACUGUGGCGACGAGCCUCAGUAAAGACGGCUGGUGACGAGGAACACCAGUGGACGUUCAUGGACGAGCAGCUAAGUGCUAAGUACAGAGCAGUGGUCCAGGGCACCCUGAAGCUGUACCAGGCGGGAUCUUUUGCCCGGGAGAUGGCCCCUGGCAUUGGCAGUCGCCGCUGGCGGCAACAUGCGGAGGAGGACUACACCCUGGCGGUACCACAACAAAACUCACUGCCAGAGUCUAGUGGGACGAUCAUUGGGUGCCUACAGCAGUGCCUGGCCAAGUUCCCGCUGUACCCGACAGAGAUGGAGGAGCUGACCAACCACGUGGCGGGCGAACUGCAAGUUUUGCAGCGAGCUGGGGUGGCUGAUCAAUGGAGCACUGAGACCAUCGCGGCUAUCAAGAAUGCCUUGCAGACUUUUGAUGGCUUCACAUGGAGCCAUGUCGAACUGCAGGCUGGCGACAAGCCGGUCACGACCCUACGGAAUUUCCAGAGGGAAGUUGAGGAUGUGAACUGGCGAGCUCUAUGCCAGGAGUCUUACCACCUGGACGAGACCCCGAAAGCCUGUCUGAAACUGGCCGAGGACUGGGAAGCUGCUUUAUCCUCGGAAAGUGGACUGGCGGACGUAGCAGCCGUACAGGGCUCUUACUGGACUCUUGUGCCGGAGGAGCUGAAAGUGGCAUGGGAUGCUACACGUACAGGUGUGGCGGUACAGUUGUGCGCUCCAGCUACCUUCUGGUGCUCUCCACUCUCUCGGCCUUUUGCCCACUUGAGAGAGUUUUCUGCAACUUAA